AUGUCGGAACUUCAUCAACCCAACAACAACAACACAACAACAACAGACUCCAUCAAACCAUCCACUCCUCAUUAUGCUACCAAAUUUUCCUCUCUCUCUGGAUUUGGAUUGAAAAUUCUCGGAAAGUAUGGAUUUAAAACGGGUGAAGGAUUGGGAAGAAAAGGUGAAGGCAUUAAAUCUCAUGUAACUGCUACAAAAAAGUAUCACGAAACUGGAAUGGGAAUUGGUGCUGAUAAAGAGAAGAAGCCUAAUUAUUGGUGGGAAAAUGCUUAUAAUGAAAAAUUGAGUUCAAUUAAUGAAAAGAAGAGAAAAAGCUCUUCAUCAUCCUCUUCCGACAGUGAUUCAACGUCUUCAUCAGAUUCUUCGGGUGAUGAGAAUAAAAAAUCGAAAGACAAAAAGAAAUCAAAGAUCAUGAAAGAACAAAGCAAAGAAAAGAAAUCUAAUGACGAUAGUGACACUAGUAGCGACUCAUCUAGUAGUGAUGAAGACGAACAGAAGGAUAGGAAAUAUUGCACAGUGGAAGGAUCUUCAGUUCUCAACCCCGAGUUCUUUAAAGAAUGUGAAGGAAGGACUUUGAAGAAAUAUCGACAAGUCGGAAAGGAAUCUCGAGCGAAGAAACACGAAGAGGAAUUAAUUCAAAAAUUGAAAGAAGCUAAAGAGAAAAUGGAAGCAAUGAAUAAUCAGCGAAAGUUUAAACAAGUUGUGACAGACAAGCGAAAGGUCCAACAAAAGAAGAUCAAGAUUGGACAUUAUUCUCGAGAUGAUGACGAGUAA